GCAGAGGACCUUGGCUGACACGUGUGAGGGCAAUGGGCCAUGGGACUCCUGAUAAUAUGAACUGGGCCCGGCUACUGCAGAACCUGCUGCUCCUGGUCCACCUCAGGCCGAUCGGAUGCCGUUCCGUCCAGUUCGCCCUCCCCGAGGAACGGGAGCCCGGCACUCUGGCCGGGUCGCUCCGUGAAAACUUCCCGGCUCCGUACCAGCUGCUCACCCAGGACUUCCUGUGGCUGGACGGGAGCACGGGCAACUUGUACACCACUGAGCGAAAGAUGGAUCGCGAGGCCCUCUGCCCCGAGGAGACAAAAGCCGAGGAAUGCAUUAUUCUGCUCACCGCUGUCGUGGGGCCCUCAGGAGACCUUAUACAGUUCCCUGUGAUCAUAGGAGACAUAAAUGACAAUGCGCCUCAUUUUGAAAACAGCGAAAUACACCUGAGGGUGUCUGAGGACGUGACUGUGGGGACUAGUUUGCUUUUGGACGACCAGGCAACGGACCGGGACGCCGGUCGUAAUGGAGAGCUGCGGUACCACCUACAGGGCGACGAGGGGCCGUUUGAUUUAAAGGUCAGCGGGCAUUUUAUGGCGCUGACCGUGAACGCGGCCCUGGACAGGGAGGCUCAGGACCGGUACCAGAUGCUGCUGGUGGCCGCCGACUGCGGCGCAGCCCCUUUAAGUGCCACGGCGGCUUUAAUCGUCACGGUGACAGACGUUGACGACAACUGUCCCAGCUUCGGCUCGGGCGGCGCCCUCAGCGUCACCCUCCCCGGGGACUCUCCCAAGAACACGCUGGUGGCUCAGGUCAGAGCCACGGACCCAGACUCGGGCCCGAACGCGGCCAUCGUUUACUCCCUCAGUCCCAGAGUCUCAGAGCGGGCCAAGGAGCUGUUUAGCCUCGACAGCCUCACUGGGUCCAUCAGACUAACACGGGACCUCCAGAGUGACAACUCUGACGAGCUGGUGUUGAAAGUGUUAGCUAGCGGCCUUCAUUGCCCCCCAGCAGACACUCAAGUGACGGUAUCGGUGCUCCCCAAGGCGACGCAGGAGCCGACGAUCAAGAUCGGGUUCAUAGCCGAGCGUCAGAACCAGACCAUGGUGUUACCAGAGAACCAGCCCCCCACCGUCUUAGCUGUUUUACAGCUUGAGGGUGACAGCAGCUUUAAAGGCUCCUCUCUUGCCAUUGAGGGUGAAGUGCCUUUCACUUUAAGCCUACAGAAUGGCAAAUAUCUGCUUUCCACAUCAAAGCCCCUAGACUACGAGAUAAAAAGGGAACAUCAUAUUUCUGUGGUAGCGCAGGGGGGCUCGGCUGAAGGGCCUGUGAUCGUUCUUUCUAGAAGCGCGAUCAGGGUGUUGGUGGUGGAUGUUAACGACAACGCCCCGCGUUUCUCCCGGCCUCACUACCAGCUGGAGGUGGAGGAAAACAACCCGCCCGGAGCGGCGCUGCUGCAGGUCCGGGCCUCAGACGCAGACGGCGGCGCCAACGGCAGGGUGACCUACAGGCUGCACGAACACGCGCCCCCCGUCUUCAGCGUCGACCCCGCGUCGGGUCAACUGUCUGUGUCAGCCUCUCUGGAUCGGGAACAGCAGGGCGCGCACACGCUCACGGUGUUUGCACGAGAUAGCGGCUCCCCUCCGCUGGAGUCCGAGGCCACGAUAUCCAUUCUCGUUUUGGACCAGAAUGACAAUGCACCUGUUUUCCUAACGCCCCACUUUAUCUUUUUCAUCCCUGAGAAUGUACCGCCGCUCGCCCCAGUGGGGAAGUUAGGGGUUGCAGACCUAGACGAGGGGGGGAAUGGGAACAUAGAGCUGCGUGUUGUAAACAGCAGUGGACCUUUUGUUGUGGAUGACACCCAGGGGACUCUUCGCGCCACUACUAGCUUGGAUCGCGAGACAGAGGACCGCUAUGAACUCUACCUGCUGGCCAGCGAUCACGGGCGCCCGGCAGCUUUGACUUCCUCCGCCAGGGUAACUAUCUUUGUGGAGGACAUCAAUGACAACCAGCCCAAAGUGAUCCUGCCCAGCAGCAACUGCUCCUGCCUGACCGUCUCUCCAGCAACGACGGCGGGCGCCACGGUGACAAAGAUCUACGCCGUGGAUGAGGACUCGGGGUCGAAUUCGGAGAUUACUUACGCCCUGGCCGCACCGGAGCCGGUGCCGAGCAGCAGCCCCUUCCAGCUGGACCCAAGGUCAGGGGACAUCACGUUAGCCCAGCAGCUUCGGCAGGAGGACCUGGGGAUGCAUCACCUGUUUGUUGUGGUCAGAGACGGCGGGAAGCCGGUCCCGCUGUACAGCACCGUCUGGGUCAAUCUGCUGGUCAACCAAAGCGCGGAGCCGUGUCGCUUGGACAAGGCGCCCACGUGGACGGGGACACGCGAUUUGGUGCACCCCCCCUUAAAGGCCCCCAUCUGUGAGGUACAGAGCCCCAGAUACGCCCAGGCCGCGCUGCUAGCAGGCCUGUGUAUGAUGCUAGCAGCCGUGUUUCUGCUAGCCGUGGCGGCGGUUCUUCACCUGAAGCAGAGGCGAGGCAAAAAGCAGCAGAUUGAGGAGAACCAGAUCGCACUCAGGCUCCAAGACAAAUAUUACAGCGAUGACUAACAUAAAUAAAGCAGGCAGCGCGCGUAAUCUUCUGUCACACAGUGUCAAGGAUGAAAUCCGCCCGUGAAUUACAUGCACUCUGGAUAUUUGACAAAAGCUUUUUGCAUUUGCAUUUGAUCAAAUUUGCUGACUUGUUCUGAUACGCUGUGUAUCCAAACAUGUGUCAACAACAAAACUGCGGAAUUCUGUGGAAAUAAAAUGUUUGAUCAAUUUUCUGAUAAAAAAAAAAGAAAGACGCUACCAGGAAUCCGUAAAAGGUGAUCUGAUAAGCUGCCCGCAGAGACUUGUUCUCACUGCAGACACGUGGCUCCUGUGGAGAAUAAAGUAUGUAUAUGUGAACCUUCACGGCCUAAUGCAGAGCGAUGCAGCAUCUCUGCCAUGGACUCAGCUGGCCUCUUUCUUUACGUUGUCACAGACUGCAACACUGUAAUAGGAUGCACUUCGGUUCAACUCCACCGCCCACUAGAACCUCAAUAAUAAAGAGUGUCAAAUUUUCCC